AUGGCGGACCCGACGGCAUUCUACGAGCCCGAAGAGGACGAGCUUCUCAGCUCUCUCGCCGUGCCCCAGUACGGCACCGAGGGCUAUGACGAGGAGUCCUACCGCCGCCUCCAGGAGCUCGAGCAGCACGCCUACGCCCAGCAGAUGGCUGCCGCCGAGCAGGAGCAGGCCGCUGCCCUCGAGCAGGUCCCCGAGGACGUCAAGCGCUUCAUUGUCCUGUUCCACCAGGCUAUCCUCGAGAACGACCUCCCCACGAUCACGAACAUGUACGAGAGCGGCUGGAACAAGCUCACUCAGCAGUCCGAGUGGCCCGAGGCUGAGCUCAUCGCUCCCCUUGUUCAGAACGACCAGGUCUUCCUGACUCUUUACCGCGAGCUCUACUUCCGUCACGUCUACGCUCGUCUCCAACCCACCAUUGACGACCGUUUCCAGUCGUACGAGAACAUUUGCGAGCUGUUCAACUACCUGCUGAACUCGGACGGCCCCGUUCCCCUUGACCUCCCUAUCCAGUGGCUCUGGGACAUGCUCGACGAGUUCGUCUACCAGUUCCAGUCGUUUGCUCAGUGGCGCGCCAGCCCCAAGAACAAGACUGAGGAGGAGCUCGACAUGCUCGCUGAGGCCAGCCAGAUCUGGUCGUGCUACUCUGUCCUGAACGUCCUCUAUUCGCUCAUGCAGAAGUCGCAGAUCAACGAGCAGCUCCGUGCCGAGAAGGCCGGCAAGAGCUCCGAGGAGGUCGCUGAGAUCGCUGGCGAGUACGGCUCCAAGCCCCUUUACCGCAACCUCGGUUACUUCUCCCUCAUCUGUCUCCUCCGCGUCCACGUUCUCCUCGGCGACCCCACUCUCGCCCUCCAGAUCAUGGAGAACGUCGAGCUGACCGGUGACGCUUUCCUCACCCGCAUCACCGCCUGUCACGUCACCACCUACUACCACGUUGGUUGCGCUUACAUGGCCCUCGGCCGCUGGCCCGACGCGAUCAAGACCUUCAUCUCGGUCCUGAUCUUCUUCAUCCGCAUGAAGCAGUACCACACGAGGAGUUACCAGUACCACACCAUCACCAAGCAGUGCGAGCGCAUGUACGCCCUCCUCGCCAUCUGCACCACCCUCUCCCCCGGCCCCACCGACGACUCGAUCAUGACCAUCGUCAAGGAGCACUACGGAGACCAGCUCGCCACCCUCCAGCGGGGAGGCGACGACGCCCUCGAGGUCUUCAAGGAGCUCUUCCUCCAGGCUUGCCCGAAGUACCUCUCGGUCAACCCCCCUCCCUACGAGGACCCCGACGCGCUCCAGGCCUGGAUGGCCAACCCUCCCCCCGACGCCGUCCAGCGCUACCUCGACCUCUUCCUCUCCGACGUUGUCGCCGUCCGCGGUGUCUCCAACGUCCGCAACCUCCUCAAGCUCUACACCUCGAUCGACGCUGCCAAGCUCGCCGCCUUCCUUUCUGAGGGUGCUGACGCUGACGCCGAGGAGGACGUCCUCCAGCAGCUCAUGGUCCUCAAGGCCGCCAGCCGAUCAUACCGCUACGAGAAGGGUGAGGGCUCGACCUCGCUCCUUGACGGACACCGCUUCGUCACCAACGCCCUUGACUUCACCAUUGACAACACCAUGGUCCACGUCGAGGAGACGACGACCCACCGCCGCUUCGCCGGCUUCUUCAUCCGCAACGCUGAGCACGCCCAGCGCGCGUUCAACACCAUCCGUGCCGCUCCCCUCCCCACGCAGCGUAAGAAGCAGGAGAAGAAGGAGCAGCAGGAGGGCAAGCCCGAGCAGCCCCAGAGGAAAGCCGCUUGGGUCCCCAAGAGCCGGCAAGUUCGUGCCGCGGCCUAG